CAGAAUUCCUUGAUGUUAUUGCUGCACUUGUUCAGGACAGCGAUGAACAUUUUACUGUGCUUGUCAAUCGUAUCAAUGAUAUCCUAUCCCCUUUUCAGAGAAAAGAAGAUGUGGCACACAGGUAUGAUUUAGCCAUUGAAAAAGCAGUCAAGGCCAUUGCUCAAAAAAUGCCUUAUGGACUUGGACAUGCAGACUAUGUCUCUAUGGAACAUCAUGCGCCCAAUGUGCCCUGGGUAAGUGUCGAGUUAGAUCAUAUCCAUCUGAUUCGACUUUGUAGCAUCUUUGUAUUUAUCGAUGGGAAGUGAUGAAUUUGCAGUUAUUUCCAUCCGAUAUGCAGCAGGCUGUUGUAUCACGAAGAGAGGCUAGGCAACAUAUGACUAAGUCGUUCACUCAAUUCAUAUUACAAUUGCCUUUAGAGAUCAAACAUACUAUCAUCAAUGCAAAACAUAGACGAUCCACUGCAGUCAAAGAAGUCAUUGUUAUAGAAGAUACUCGACAAAAGCAAGCAGAAAAUGAACAAGAACUGGAAGAAAAACGCAAAAAGAAAGAAGAAGAAAGAAAGCGAAAAGAGGACGAAAAGAGACAGCGAGAAGAAGAAAAAAGACUACGAGAGGAAGAAAGAAAGAGACAGAAAGAAGAGGAGAGACGGUUGCGAGAUGAAGAAAAGAAGAAGCGUGAAGAGGAAAAAAGAAAAAAGGAACAAUCACAAUUACGACUUACUUCUUUAUUCACAAAGACUUCUAUAUCUGAUACACCACCUCAUAUAGAAAAGAUCAUUGAGCCUGCUAAACCAACACUAUUCCCAGCCUUUUAUAUUAAAGACAAUGUUGAUAUUGCACAAACACACCAAUUCACAAAUCCAGUCAGUAGUUAUGAAGAUUUUCGAUCCAGCAUUCACUCAUCUUUUGAGUCACCCAACAUCAAUCGAUUCUUAUCAGAGAUUGCACCAGAAUCAAAGCAGAAAAGAGGCGUAUCUACGCCUGUUGACAUUCGAACACUUUUGCUACCUGGUUCAGCUGAUUUACUGAAUGUGCCUAAUGUCAGACUUGUUUUACGCCUGAAAUUACUACAAUUUAUGGAAGAUGUACGUCCAGCUUAUUAUGGUACAUUUACCAAACGUAGUCGAGUAGUCAAUGGACGAAACCCAUUUGCACAAGAUAAAGGCAUUCUCAACUAUGAGGUGGAUAGCGAAGCAGAAUGGGAACCAGAAGGAGAAGGAGAAGACAUUCAUAGUGAUGAAGAUGAUGAUGAUUCUAAUACAGACAUGAUUGAUCCAGAAGAUGCUGGAUGGCUUGUGCCUGAAGGAUAUCUAUCAGACAAUGAAGGUGUAGAUGACGAGCAUGGAGGUACAGAAAGAGCACAUCCAGUGAAGAACUCCUCAAAGCGUGUCACAAUACGCAAAGUUGUUCUGGGUCCAUUCUUUGAAGGAGAAUCAGAAGAGAAUGAAGCAUUUCGUCCCUUUGAAACACAAUUUUUCAUGGAUAUACCUGAGGGUGGCUAUAACCCAUUUUAUAAGGAACUUACUACAAAGGCCACAAGUGCAUCUUCCAAUGCGAUCAAUACAUCAUCAGUACAGCAUAAAAUGGAGUUUACAACUGAGCAAUCAAAAGCAUUGAUACAUGUGAUUUAUGAAAAAUCAAAAGAAUCUAUUACCAAUAUUAUUACAGAAGCAAAAACAAAUUUAGUACUUAAAGAUGUCUCUAAACGUCAAUUAGAAGCAAAGAUCAAAGACGUUGCUGUUAAAGAGAAACGAGGGUCUGAUACAGUAAGUGACGUUGUGCGGCGAAACAAAUAAUUUAUUGUAUAUAGA